AUGGCCAAGAAUAACCUCACCACAGUAACUGAGUUCAUUCUCAUGGGUUUUACAGGCCAACCAAAGUGGGAGAUUCUCCUCUUCAUGGUGUUUCUUUGUCUCUACCUUGUCACUCUCAUGGGGAAUUUGGGGAUGAUUAUUCUCAUCCAAGUGGAUAUCCAACUCCAUACCCCAAUGUACUUCUUCCUGGGUCACCUCUCUCUAUUAGAUGCCUGUUAUAGCUCAGUCAUCACCCCUCAGAUCCUGGCCACACUGGUCACAGGCAAAACAGUCAUCUCCUUUGGCCACUGUGCUGCACAGUUCUUCUUCUUCACCAUCUGUGCAGGUACAGAGUGUUUCCUGCUGGCUGUGAUGGCCUAUGACCGCUAUGUUGCUAUUAGUGACCCACUGCUCUACAGUGUGUCCAUGAAUCCUAGAAUCUGCAGGAGUUUGGUGGUGGGAGCCUAUGUCUGUGGGGUUUCUGGGGCCAUCUUGCGUACCACAUGCACCUUCUCCCUCUCUUUCUGUGAAGACAACAAAAUCAACUUCUUCUUCUGUGACUCCCCACCACUGCUGAAACUUGCCUGCAGUGACACAACAAACACUGAGAUCAUUGUUGUCUUCUUUGCGAACAUUGUGAUUUUGGCCAAUGCCUUGGUCAUCCUGAUUUCCUAUCUACUCAUCAUCAAGACCAUUUUAUGGAUAAAGUCUUCAGGUGGCAGGACCAAGACAUUUUCCACAUGUGGUUCCCACCUCACUGCUGUAGGGCUUUUCUAUGGGACCCUCACCUUCAUGUAUAUAAGGAGUGGUUCAGGUAAAUCCCUGGAGGAAGAUAAAGUUGUGUCUGUCUUCUACACAGUGGUCAUCCCCAUGCUGAACCCUCUGAUCUACAGCCUGAGAAACAAGGAUGUGAAAGCUGCCUUCAGAAAAGUCACUGGUAGAAUCCAGGAAUCCCAGAAUGAUCUCUUCUCUUAG